GUCAUCAGAGGCGGAGCGAGGGGAGGAGCCGCAGCCGGCUUGGGGCGGUACUGAGCUGGGUCACGUAGCUCAGGUCCCUGGUUUGGGCCACAUCCCGUGUUGCACUGUCCUCUCGUCCCCGCGUGCAGUCCCUCCGCCACCAUGCCGAUGUUCACCGUGAACACCAACGUCCCCCGCGCCUCCGUGCCAGAGGGGCUUCUCUCCGAGCUCACCCAGCAGCUGGCGCAAGCCACGGGCAAGCCGGCACAGUACAUCGCAGUGCACGUGGUCCCGGACCAGCUCAUGACUUUUAGCGGCUCUAGCGACCCCUGCGCCCUAUGCAGCCUGCACAGCAUCGGCAAGAUCGGCGGCGCGCAGAACCGCACCUACAGCAAGCUGCUGUGUGGCCUGCUGGCUGAUCGCCUGCACAUCAGCCCGGAUCGGAUCUACAUCAACUAUUACGACAUGAACGCAGCCAACGUGGGCUGGAACGGUUCCACCUUCGCUUGAGUGCUGGCCUAACUUACCUGCACCGCUGUUCUUGGAGCCUUGCUGCACGCAGCGUUCUGUUUCGUCCACCCGUAGCGAUGCCCACCUUCCGUUCGGGAGAAAUAAAUGGUUUAGAGACCA